AUGGGGACACUACAGACAUGGAGGAAGGCCUAUGGGGCCAUCAAGGACUCCACCACCGUCGGCCUCGCCAAUCUCAACAGCGACUUCAAGGUUUCCUACCUCCCCCUUUUCUUCACAUAUAUAUGUCGCUUCUUUGCCUCCCCCCCCUCCCCCUCUCUCUCUAGCUGCCACUCGUGGGCACGAUAAUUUGGUUAUACAUUGGUACGGUCGUGAUGGCGAGCAUGACCGACGCGGUCGCCUGCGCAGGACCUGGAUGUGGCGAUCGUGAAGGCAACGAACCACGUAGAGCGUCCGCCCAAGGAGCGCCACCUAAGGAGUGAGAAUCAGCAGACACUCCCUUUUUUUACAGUAUUUUCCUGCUGUCUUAAUUUUUGUUGAUCCCACUAUUCCAUAAUUUUUUCUGUAAUGCCAACCGUCUGGGGUGGUCAUUCGAAUUGGGUACUUAUUUGGGAUCUUGAAUCCGGUAGCAAGCCCUACCCACGAAUUCUAAGUUCAAAAUAUAUCCAGCAUGUUCGUACCGGCAAUUUUUGAUGGAGGAGGGUUUGACCUCGCUUGAAUUAGGAGGUUCUUUUUCCAGUUCUUGCUGUCUGCAACGGAUCUCUCUCAAAAUUGUAUUCAUUUGUAUCCAUGUAGCCUAUUGCAUCUUCGAUUUAGACUCGUAUAUCAAAAUCCGGGUCGCAUUGUUUUUCACAUUUGUCACUUUUUCUAUUGCGCAGAGAUAUUGGCAGCAACGUCCAUUUCCCGGCCACGUGCGGAUGUUGCAUAUUGCAUUCAUGCACUAGCUAGGAGAUUGGCAAAGACACGGAAUUGGGCAGUAAGCAUUUGUGGAAAUUACAUUCUUUAUUAGUUUCUUCUUCAGGGUUAAUUUUACAGAGUAAUCACUUCUAUAACCUAUACCAGGAAGAGACUUAUAUUCUCUCCUUUUUUCUAAUCGUGAAAAAUGUUUAAACUUUCCCUAUUGCCACCUAUGCUCAUGGAAUUUUAAUAUAUCCACCACAGCUAUCACUUUUAGUUGGCUUUUUCUUGUUCUUACUCUUAAUUAUGCGGAGGGAAUAGCUAAUGAGCAGAGAAACAGCAUGCGGGUUGUUACCUAGUGGAAAGAUUUCCUGUUCGUUUGUGUACUAUCCCAGAAGUUGAUCACUUAGGUACGGGCUAAUCUACUCAAGAUGUAUACACAGUUUUAAAAUGUUUCAAAAUUGUAGAAAUACACCUUUACUACCCUUGAAAAUAGUAAUGAUGUUCAUACGCAUCUUUACUCUAUAGAAAGAGCAUUAAUGAGUUAAAGGAAUGGUCUUCAUCUUGCCUUCUCACAGGACAUGCCACCACAGCUGCAAUCCUGUUGUCUACAUGGAAGGGUAGAGGGGAGAAAUGCAAGAUACGAGACAUUGGGUGCAGAUGAAGGGAAAAGUAAGAUAAGUCAUGGAAAUAACGAAUUAGAGAGAUCGUGAAUAAUCAUUUGGAUCGGAAUAUCGCUGUAUAGAACCUUUGCUACUUAUCAGCCAAUGUCUCCAACAUUGCCUAGGGAAAUCAAUGCUCGAAGGGUCUAUCGUAGAAGGAUUAUCAUGAGAGACUGUAAGAUGGGUUGUGUUCACUUAGUGGUGGGAUAGAUUUUCAAGAAGGAAGCGGUGUAAGGACGUCAAGUGGUUUAGUCAGCUACGCCAUGUGACUCUAUCACUCACAAAACAUUGGACUUCCUUGAUGUCCAAUUAUCUGGCAAACUAGAACGUGUCUAGACUGGUACCAACAAGUUAGAAGAAUAUUUCGUAUCAACUUAGAAAAUUAUUUCGUUGUGUUUGUUGCUAAAUUUUUCAGCUUGAUGUUUGUCCAAUUGUUGUGUUAUAGUGGAUCAAAUAUGGCGAUAUGAAGUUUGACCGUCAUUCGUAAGUUAGGAAAACCUUUGAGGUAUGUGAGUGUAACCUCGGUACCAACAUGUUAUAGCUUCAGACAAGCCACUUGAGAAUUUCGAUGUAGUUUCUGACAUUUCAGAGUUACUUGGCUAAGAGCUCAAUACCUUUCCUAGAGGGUUGAUGUCGGGUGGGGAUCUAGUUGAACUAGAUUUAUGGGAUUAAAUCCUAUAAUGGCGAGACACGAAUUACAUGCUGAAGGUGUACUUUAUCCUAUGUUCUUUCCUAAAUAAGGCUUCUGCUUUACAGAUUUUGCAGUAUUCCCCCCUAAUACCUAUUUGUGUAGUAUUGACUAAUAGCUGCUGGUUGUACUGAAGGAAGGAAGGGAAAAUUAAUCAUUCUAAAGGAGAGUAUUUUCACAAGCAUGAUACCUAUCUCUUAGGUUUUUGACUUUUUUAUGUUUAAUUGGUAAUCUUUGUCUGACGGAUGAUUUUACUUAUUUUAUUUUUGAAAAUGCUGGCUAUUUUUGUAGAUUUGUGCUUGACAGAUGAUUAUAUUUUGAAUAGAGAAGACCUUGGCUUCGAGUGCAUUUGUCUCAUUCAAUUUUCUGCUGUAUAGGUAGCACUGAAGACGCUGGUAGUUAUCCAUAGAACACUAAGAGAGGGCGAUCCUACAUUCCGUGAAGAACUUCUAAAUUUUUCACAGAGAGGACGUGUCAUCCACUUAUCCAAUUUUAAAGAUGAUUCUAGUCCUAUUGGUAAUUCACUUCAUAUGGUUUCAUUAAAACCUCAUAUGCAGAAAUUUUCUGGCUGGUUCUAAAUUAAUGCAUAAAUAAUUUAAUGCUUUCAAGAUGCUUUUUUCAAUGACAAUGCAUUUCACUUUUCAGCUUGGGAUUGCUCUGCAUGGGUUCGUACUUAUGCUUUGUUUUUGGAGGAAAGAUUGGAAUGCUUUAGGCUUUUGAGGUACGAUGUUGAAGGUGAACGUCUUGGAAAACUGUCACAGGAGUCCAUCAAGGUAAUUAAGGAAUCAUGGUUUUCUGUCCAUAUGUCUCGUCGGAUUUUUCUCUCAGCAAGUGUUUCUUAUCUCGGCCUUACUGUGUCACCAGAUUCGAAGUAGAACAAGCACUUUGAAUGGUGAAGACUUAUUAGAACAAUUGCCUGCCUUGCAGCAGCUACUUUACCGUCUCAUUGGAUGUCAGGUGGGUUUCUGGUAAAUUCCCAGCUUAGGUUUUGAAUUGUUCAAUACAUCAGGAACUAGGCUUAGAAGAUACCUAAUUGAACUAACUUAAUUUUCUGGAAUUGUUUUGAUUUUUUUUACUUGUUGCAUACACUCUCAAUGAUGGCUUUUUAGGCUUAUUGUACAUAUAUUCCUUUCUUAGUUGAGCCACUUUCAUCUUCUGAGAGUUAUUUUGUUGUUUCUUUGUUUCCUCCUCGUGUAUCAGUAAACAACAACAUCUUCGUAACUACUGAUCUCACUUUAUUUUUGCAGCCUGAAGGUGCCGCGAUUGGCAAUUAUUUGAUACAGUACGCCCUGGCUCUGGUAAUAUUACUUAUCUUUUGGUUGCCCCACGUGUAUAACGACUACUAGCUUCAAUUAUGCAUGUUAGCUGACUUUCUCAUCUUUAGGUACUUGCUUCUGUGUGUCCUUGUUUGAAAUCGAGGAUUCUACAAAACACAGGCAUUAGCUAUUUACAAAUGACCCUUCUCUUGUAUAUCACUAGGAAGCUGCAGACUCAUAAAGGGUACAGUUACCCAUCAUAGGGUAGUUUGUCUCCAUACCAUUAAAUGUUACAGUUUUUGUGGAAUCAGUUAACUGACCAAGACAGAGAAUUAGGAUUUGAUCCCAUCUUCUUUUUCUGCUCGGGUAUUUCCUUUCCUCUUCUCUCUUUUCAUUCUACAUUUACCAUGUGUCCGGCCUACCUACAACUUUUGCAACUUCUAGACCCAUGUGACUAUUUAUGCUGCUGACUAUAUGCGAUAAUUGACGAUGAGAUUGAACAAUCAGUUGAUCACCCCCCCCCUCAACAUCUCCAAACGAUGUGUGCUCCACAAGGUCUGCCACGUCAUGAUGAACUGAGAACACCUAAAAGACCCAAAAAUUGUUGGACUAGGUACUAACUUAUCAUAGUUGAUAAGUAUUGAUCAUCCCUCAUUAGCAUAGUAGUUCACUAUUAUCUCUGUUUUUCUUCUGGGUGUACCACCUAGUAUUUUCUGUCCCACGUUUCUUCUAUUGGCUCAACUAAUGGUUGAUGGUUGCCAUACUAAAUAACAACUGAUUAGUGUUUUCUUAGAGGCAAAAAACAGAAUGUGAAAUGGUUAAGGCUGGGCUAUGGAUGCUCUAAAUCCUCAAGAUUUUCCACUUCUAGACAUGAUUUUUCUCAAAUUCCAACAAGAAGAAAAGGCUGAUACUACUGUGGAGGACAAGAAACAACCUUGAAAUCUUGUGUUAAAUCUUGAUCCGUUUGUUUUUGUAGAAAUUCAAUAUGUUGUUUCUAACCAUCUUUCCAAAUUUUCGGAUAAAAUAGUCUUAUCGUCCAUUGACCUCUGUUAUUUCUCCAUGUUCCCCUAACUCUUAUGACAUUAUAUUUUGCCUCCAAAAUUUUAUAUUUUUGGAUUCCUGUGGACUAGUUCCUGUACUAGAUUAGCCUCAUUAGGUUUCCUACAUAAACCGGCUCGAACUAGGAUGACACACAUUGUGCCAUAAGGGUCCUUGCCAAGCAGCUGGUAGUUCUAGAAACUAGUUUACUACUGUAUUGAUGGUGGAUUGGGUAAUGUUUUCACGACAAUCUUAUGUUUUUUAUGGAAUCUCUGUCUUCAUAUCAUGUGUGCAUGGGUUUGAGGAAGGGGUUAUUCCGAAUUGUUUUUAUGGUAAGAUUAUAGAAGUACACUGUAAUCCUGAGACACUUUUCGUUGUUUUAGAGGAAAAGAAAUGCUUUGCAGGCAACUUUACUGUUAAUCUAUUCGAUCAAUAUUUUUUGUGUAGAAGACUCCGAACCUAUUUGUAGUAUUUCUAUCGGAUGGCAACAAUAUUUACCUUACUUUUCCUUUGGAAUGCAUAUCAUACUUUGUCUUGGGAUCCAACAAUCUAAGUCACAUUGUGCAGGUACUGAAGGAGAGUUUUAAAAUUUAUUGUGCUAUUAACGAUGGUAUCAUCAGCCUUGUUGAUAAGGUAUUUUCGCAUCUAAUGCAAUUGACGGUACUUCGUUUUUUUGGCACUAGGACGCAUUUGAUGUAGCAAUGUAUAAAUUGAUGUUUCAUGUCAUUCAGGUUUUUGACAUGCCGAAGCAUGAAGCUAUGAAAGCACUUGAAAUCUACAAAAGGGCAGCCCAGCAGGUGGAGUUGUCCCAUGAUUUUUAUGAAAAAAAAUUAUUGCAAUGCCCCUGUAGCUUCUGAGUUAUCUGCUCAAGAAAAAGUUAUACUGAGUAUACUGUCUAAAGAUGGCCCUGACGAGUCCUUCGAUACUAAAGUAUAUGUUUGAUGGUUUUUUCUUACAUUUGCAGACUGGGAGCCUCUCUAAUUUCUAUGAAGUUUGUAGGGGAUUGGAACUUGCUCGUAAUUUUCAGUUUCCAGAUCUAAAAGACGUAAGAUAUUAUACCUCUAAUUCAUUAUGUUUGGGUAAAUUUCACCCGUGAUCAUUGAUCCAUUGAACCGUUUCAUCAUUUUCAGCUUCCAUUGUCGUUUGUGGUAACAGUGGAGGAAUACGUAAGAGAGGCCCCUCGGGUGGUUUCUAUUUCAAGAGAACCAUUGGUAAUUAUUUUCGUGUUCUUAUGUUUUUAUAAUUAUCUUAUUCCGUAUAGAAUACACAGUUUCAGUGGCCGUGGACGUCUAUCACAGUUACUGUUGUUUGAUCAAUUUAUAAUUAAUGAUAACUGUGGGACUUCUUGUCAUUUUUUUUAUUGGCAUUUCGAUAGCCCGUGCAUAUCUCAUCCCAUAUUUAUAUGUGAGAACCCUGGUGAAAAACAAGGCAGAUGCUAGAUUAAUGCAAUUUUGAACAUAUUGUUACAUUGCGGUAAUGUACUUUGUCGGAUCUGGUGCUGCGGAACAAUCUAAAAUAACAAGUUCUUUAAGGGGUAAUUAUGUUGAGGUGAUUAGUCCUGAAUGGUCAUAGAAAGGCCUGAAAUAUCUUGAUGUCCAAUCGAAGAUAUGAUAUUUCAUGUUUUUGCAAAGGCUAUUAUUACAUAGCUGGGUGACGAAAGCAGAUUUUUAUGCAGGGCAAAUUAGAAUUAAAAGUCUUCCUGCAGUUUUAGGUAUUGUUUUUUUGCUUUUAUUGUAAGGUCUCCAUAGUUUAGUUGGUCCGAUUUUGAUGAGGAAUCUUGCCCCAUUGUUCUAGGUGAAUGAAUUAUAUGCAUCGUGUGUCUCAUGAAGUUCAACUUAUGUUUGCAUCUAGUUCUGGUCUACGGGGCCUCUGGUCUCAUCCCUAUAUUAUUUCUCUGUAGGCCUUCUGGACUAUUGUUGGGGUAUGGGCUAGUUUUGGUUAAUUCCGAUCUGUAUCUGGCCCUCUGUAAGACACAUUGAUGUUUGAAAGAAGAGUAAUAGUAGGCUGCACCCUGCAGCUAGGAGAGCAGAUGAGGUGGAGGACAAGGCUGUGAAACCUCAACAGUUGUCCUCUUUAAUUACAAUAUUUACCACUAUUCUGACAAUUUUAUAAAACGCUGCAUUUUAAUAUUUUUUCUGGGUUUGUCCCUUUUCUCCGAUAUCAGCUGAUGAUCCCGGUUAGUCCAAGAGAUUGGAUUUGGAAAACUGGGAACGUUUCAAAUUGGUGGAUGUUGUUCUUUGCAUGAUAUCUCAAAUAUCGUUGCAGUAAAAGAUCUGGCAACUCCUGAGAUCUUGCCUGCACAGGUUAUUGCUGCUGUUGAUGAUAUCAUAGACGACCUCAUAAUCAUUUUGAACUGAUUGCAGAACAAUUGGGCAGAAGUCGACCAAUCAAACUCAAAUCGGCUUAUUUCAGGUUGAUCUGGUCUUGCAAAGGUUGACUAUGAACAAAAUAGAAUUCGUCUAUGAUUAUGGUUUUAUACAAUAAAUAUUGAUGAAUCCUAUUGGGAAAAGUGACCAGACAUUAAAACACGGAACACUAUAGCUCAAAAAUGGAGUGCAGUUCAACCAUAAGUGACUCGGCAAAAGCCCAAAAUAUAUGGCAAUGUCUUGGGUUUGAUGUUUGGGGCUUUCUUAUAAUUAUUGAGAUAGUUGAGCCUAUUUAAAUAAGAAUUAGGCAUCCUAGUUUGGUGACAUCCUUCCGAUUAUUAGGUGGGUAAUGAUGGAUCACAAGGCUCGUACUGAUGCUGGUGAUGCAUCAUUGAUGAAAAUGGAGUAUCAGGCUGAACUUUCGGAUUCGCCCCACGUUUUUUCGUUUGUCAUUCAGCAUAUGUUUUAAGGUGGUUUUGGCCAGUGACACAAUUGGAAGAAGAUACAGGCAAUUCUGAGAAUUGGAUAUUAGAGAUAUUUACGUGGAUGUGGGCAUCUUUAUGGAUCGUUGGUCACCCUGAAGUUGAGUCUUCAUAUCACGCUAUUCCCAAGAAUAUCUAGUACCUGGAAACAGUCGUAAUCAUCAUAAUCUCAAUCUGUUAGCCGAUGUGGAGGAUUGAAGGGACGUGUGUUUCUGGUUAUAUUUACUACGGUUAAAGCGGAUGAGCUGGAACAUAAUGGCUGGCAAGUUGCCGCAUUGUAUGAUCUUUUAUUAUUAAUUGGAUAUCACCUUACUAUUUGUCUUUAUUAUUUAUCAUGGGAAACAAUAUAUGGAUCGUGUUUGUUUCGGAGGAUAUUAUAGUUGACCGAUGCUGAUUGACCUAUUUUAAGCUUUAUGCUAUUAUAGGUCUACCAGAUGAAGACUUCAUUAGUAAUCUCAUAGACUUCUUGUUCUUACGAUUUUAUUACUAUUUAGACGACUUCUGUUUCAAAAGCCAUCAUUUCCACUGGUAAAAUCCCAUCAGGAUUUCAUUCUGAAAACGGCAACGAUUGCCAGGUCCUGUGGUACUAACAAUAUAUUACCUUUAUUUUUUACGAAUAACCGGGAUAUAUUUGCAGAAGAUAAGUGUCGAUAAUCUACUCUGAUUCAGGAAUUCCCAGAGAGGCUUCUUCUGACAUAUAAACCUGAGGAGGCGCCACCACCCGCGGAGGAUACAACAGAUCGACACGUUGAUAAGCCCGUCCCUGCGACGGCGGAGGGUGAAGUUGUGGCUGUUUCUCCUCCGAAGCCGGAAGAAAAUGAUCUUCUGGUUAGUCCUAAAAUCGGCAAGUACUUUUGCUUUUCUGUCUACUAUGCGUUGAGAGGAUAUAAAUGUUUUUUUUUUUUUUUUUUUUUUUUUUUUUGCAGGGCCUGCAUGAAUUCCACCCGGAUGCUUCCUCAAUAGAGGAGACUAACGCCCUGGCUCUUGCAAUUGUUCCAUCUGGUAGUUCACCGCUGAUUCUUCUUUUUUUCAAUUCUUCUGGGACCAUAUGUAUUCUCUUCCUUACUUCGCUUAAUGGACUCUAUCCCUUGGAAAUAUCGGCAGGCACUACCAGCGCCAAUGAUACCAGUCUGAGGGGAGAGAAAGGGCUGGAUCCCACAGGGUGGGAGCUCGCCCUGGUCACCACGCCCAGCAGCAGUAGCUUGCCUGCAGUUGAGAGCCAACUGGUCUGUCUACUCAUCACAUUCAAGUCAUCAUACCGUCGUUUCUUCUUCUUCUUCUUCUUCUUCUUCUUCUCCGUUGCUUUCUUCCCCAAAACCCACCCAGAAGUCCGCUUCUUGUAUUAUAAUGAUUUAGUGCCAUCCUAGGCUGACUUUGCUCAUUGGUUCUCACCUGCUUCCACAUUGUUGUUUGAAUCCAUGGCAUGGCAGGCCGGCGGAUUGGACAAACUCACUCUGGACAGCCUAUACGACCAUGCGGCCUACAUGCCGCAGCAGCCCGUCUACGGCCGGCCGCCGCCGAAUCCCUUCAUGACGGCGGUGGCGCCGGACCCAUUUUCUGCGUCCGGCCAGGUCCCCGCCCCAGCCGGCGUGCAGAUGGCGCUCAUGGCCCAGCACCAGCAGCAGCCAAUGCCGAUGAUGCCGCAGGCGAACCCCUUCCUUCAGCCGGCGUACCAACCGCUGAUGAACUACGGGGCCUCUUCGAACCCCUUUGGCGACGCCGGGUUCGGGCCUUUCCCCCACCAUCCCCCGCAGGCCAAUCCGAAUCCUUUUGGGAGCACCGGGCUGAUCUAG